AGCGUGAUUUCCAAAGCGAGUUUUAUACUAGACGUUGAGAUUCACAUCAAAAAUGGAGAUAUUUCGCGCGAUUCGAUUUGCACUGCUUUGAUCCGCGUUCCAAGUGGAAAGUGAAGCUGUCGUUGAUUUCGUGGCCUUUCCUUGUUGGGGAAGGUGGAAGCUCUAGGCAGCACGUCAAAUCAGCACUACAAAUAUAUUUUGAGGACAUCCGUCUUUCAUACCAAGAAUGAAUUAUCCUGGCCCAACAAAGUCGGGGAUUUCGGGCAUCCUCACGCCAUCCUUGAUCGGAUACGCCAACGACAUUACCUUCCCAUGGCCACUCGACAGUAAACUUGAUGGAUCUGAUGUGGGGGAUGUAUUCUUUCGUACAGAUUCCGCUCCUCUUUGGACUACUCCGCCCGUCAAAGAUGCCCUGAUCUCGCUGUCCAAGAUCGGCCUAUCAAACAUCCACUCCAAAGAUAUCAUUUCCGUCCUCGGUUCUCCAAAGCAACCAACUUUCCUCCAUAAUGCAGUCGGUGUCAUCCUUAUUCUAGAUCAGGGUCCACGCAAUCUUUUCAAAGGCAUCCACGCUCGCUAUAUUUACGAUUAUUUCGGAAUCCUUGCCCGAAAUCUCACUUCAUACCUCGUCUCCCUUCCGCCAUUUCAUAAUCCUUUCAACCUCCAAACAUGGCUGAAUGCUGGGAUCGAACUCUCUCAUGCUCUCCUCAGAAUAUCAAUGCUUAUGGCUCCAUUAUGUCAUUCUGAUGACCGAAAGGAUCAUAUGCUUCAUCUCAAACUUACUGAGAAUGUCCGAAGCUUUUACGAAGAAGCUACGAGAACCAAAGAUCCAUACCGAGGGAGUUUCUCCAAAGAUCUAAAAGAUAUCUACCUCUUUGCCAAUAUCCUCAAUCAAGGUCCACCUCAGGGGACAGUAAGCAUUGAGCAAUUCGUUUAUUGGAUCAUGAGGUAUUUCACAUCCCAUGUGGUGUAUGUAGAUUGGUUUGCAAGAUCACCUUUCAGGAAUUGUGCUGUAGGUAGAGAUGAUAAAGAAGGGGAGAAAGAAUGGUUGAGAUAUUGUGGUGUGAAAAAUGACGAGAUGGUUAGGGAGAAGGUUAAAGAGGACAUGGGGAGAGGCGUUUGGACGCCUUUGGAGAUUGAAUGAAUUGGAUUUCCUUUGUUAUCUCUGGCAAACAUGGACUGAAGUGUUGAGAAUGUAUAAGAUGCCUUGCUCGACCAUGUCAGUCAAAUAAUUGGCUCAAUCCAUCAAAAUGUCCAGCUCUCAGCAGCUCUCAACUGUGUGGGACUCACACAUACCCAGACCAGAUGCUGAUUUGGAGACUC